AUGACUGUGGAACCUGAGCCUGAAACGGAGAAUGGAGGCGUGCCUUGGGUGCAGAUAAUGCAACAGAUGCAGCAGCAGAAUCAAAUGAUGAUGCAGAUCAUGCAAGGCAUGCAAGGACAACAACUAACCGCUCCUGCUCCUACUACUCUGGCUGCAGCAGGGCCUGACUUUCGUGCCUUCUUUCGGAUGGAUCCGCCAGAGUUCUUGGGUGGCUUGGAUCCUGUGGUUGCUCAAGAUUGGUUGUAUGGCAUGGAGAUGAUAUUUCAGGCUAUCCAGUCGUUCUUGGAGAAGUACUAUCCCAACAGUGUGCGUGCUUUGAAAGAGCGUGAGUUUCAAUCCUUCAAGCAAGGCAACCUGUCAGUGUCUGAAUAUGCUAAGAAAUUCGAAGACAUGGCUGCCUUUUCGAGACAAGCUGCUUAUGCAUCAGAUGAGUUAUGGAAGAUUGAUCAGUUUCUUAUGGGGCUGAAUGCUGAUAUUGUGCACAGUGUGUCUCAAAGGGAGUUUACCACUUAUGCUGAGUGUUUGAGGCAAUGCUAUGUUGCUGAAAACACAUUGAAGAGGGUUCAGGAAGAAAGAGAGCAGAACAAGCCAGUUCGUAAGGAAUAA